CAUUUUCUUGUUCAGCCACUCUUGAGCCAAUUUUCAAAAAAUGCAUCUCUUGAUCCUCUUUGCUACAGGAGUAUUAAUUGGAUCUGCGUACUGUGAUAAUGAAUGCUUCUCUUCUGUAUUUAUUGACUGCGCUCGUUCAACUCUGAAUCUUGGCAACGAUGAAGAUAAACCCACGCUUUGUAACCAUUUAAAGAAACAGUUUGACUGCCUCAAAGGAAAAGCAGCCAGCUGUGGAAUGAGCUUCACCAAAGAAGCUGAAAACGUCAGCGAAAUACUAAAACAAAUGUGCACAAAAGGGAAUGCCAUAAACACAGAAUUUGAAAGACAGAAGAAGUGUUUCAAGGCAGCUAUGGAUGAGAAAAAAUGCAACGAACCAAUUGAUAAGAUCAUGGAAACAGCAGAAACAAUCGACGAAAUUAUAAGCAGUAACAAAGAAGCUUGCAGGCAGAUAAAUACUUAUUCUAAAUGCAUAGUCGAAAGUGUAGAAAGAAGGUGUGGUGGACCCAAUCAAAAAUUCUUUUCCAGUCUAUUCGAUCCCAUGAUGAAAUUCGGCAAAGCCGUGUGCGAGCAACUCGUGGCUCCAGUGGAUGAGAAGAUGGAUGAAUAUAAAAAUGUGGGACUGCUCAGCCCUUAUGCGAUCAUACCAUCGUUCUUUAUUUAUGCUUAGACAAAUCUGAAAGGCUAUAAAUAAAAUAAUUCGGAGGAAUCUAA